AUGACCAGAGAGCUUGGUAGGCUGAUGGCGUCGCUUACGCUGGCUCGCCGCCAGCACGUCCUAGUGGUUAUUCCAGGACCUCACCAGCUCCUGAGCGACCCUAUCAACCCCGUCGGGCUCCCACAAGGCCAGCACCACAGGCACAGAGGGGUCGGGGGUCGGGGUUUCCCCCCUCCAGGCCCCCAAGAGGGCGUGGGGGCAGUUUUCAGGGGGAUCAGACUGACUACAGUCAGCGAUCCCACAAGGCGACAGGCCCUCAGCCAGGAGGUAUCCACCCUCCUGGAGAAGAAGGCCAUCGAGAUCGUAGAUCCUCAGACACAGCAAGAAUACACAUUCUAUCUCUCUCUCCCCAGGGAGCUUCUGGGGGCGGACUUCACCGAGACCCACUACACAGAGGACGGGGAGGCCGUGACGGUCAACGCCAACCACACGGAUCACUGCUUCUACCACGGAGACGUACGGGAGCACACACACUCCUGGGUGGCUCUGAGUGUGUGUUCGGGAGUGAGGGGUCUGAUAUCCUUGAACUCCAGUGACACCUACUACCUGGAGCCAAUCAGCGGACAGAGCCCUCUCCAACAUUGGCUGAUGAGUGCGGAGGACCUGCCCCUCAGAGGCGGGACUUGCGGCCAUGGCCACCAGACAGGCCACCCUGGCCAACUGUCGGAUCUCCUUCGACCGCAUCACCAAAGGGUGAAGCGGGAAAGUUGGGGAACCACCAAGUACAUGGAGCUGUAUAUCGUAGCUGACCACGCACUGUUCACACAGCAAAACAAGGACUACCACAAGACCAAGCUGCGGAUCAUGGAAAUUGCCAAUUAUGUGGAUAAGUUCUACCGGGCGCUGAACAUCCGGGUCCCGCUGAUAGGCCUAGAGGUGUGGACAGAGCGGGACCAGUGCAUCGUGACGGGGGAGCCCAACACCACCCUCUGGUCCUUCCUGCAGUGGAGGCAGAAGCUCAAGGCCCGCAAGAAGCACGACAACGCCCAGCUGCUCACGGGGGUGAUUUUUAAGGGGACCACCAUUGGCAUGGCCCCCCUGGAGGGGAUGUGCAGCCUGGAGAACUCCGGAGGCAUCAACGUGGACCACUCGGACCUGCCCAUCGGCGCGGCUGCCACCAUGGCCCACGAGAUCGGCCACAACUUCGGCAUGAGCCACGACAACGAGGGCUGCUGCGUGGAGGCCACGGCCGAGCAGGGCGGCUGCGUGAUGGCCGCCGCCACGGGGCACCCGUUCCCCAAGGUGUUCAGUCACUGCAGCAAGAAGGACCUGGACGGAUACUUCCAGAAGGGAGGGGGCAUGUGCCUCUUCAACAUGCCCAACAUGAAGGACCUGGUCGGGGGAAAGAGGUGCGGCAACGGUUUCGUGGAGGACGGGGAGGAGUGCGAUUGCGGCGAGCUGGAGGAAUGCACCAACGACUGCUGCAACGCAAACAACUGCACGCUGAAGGAGGGGGCUCAGUGUGCCCACGGGGUCUGCUGCGAGAGCUGCAAAUUGAAGCAGGCGGGGACCAUGUGCCGCGGGCCGGCGGGGUCAUGUGACCUGCCCGAGUACUGCACGGGGGGGUCGCCCUACUGCCCGGCCAACGUGUACCUGCUGGACGGCUCGUCCUGCCAGCAGCGCGCGGCCUACUGCUACAACGGCAUGUGCCUCACGCACCAGCAGCAGUGCCUGCAGCUCUGGGGCUACGAUGCGAGGCCGGCUCAUGACGCCUGCUUCGAGGACGUCAACGCGGCCGGGAACGCCUUCGGGAACUGCGGGAAAGACGGAGUGGGGAACUACAUGAAGUGUGCGAAGAGCGACGCCAAGUGCGGUAAGAUCCAGUGUCACAGCGCGGCCAAGAAGCCCAAGGGCACCAACGCCGUGUCCAUCGACACCACCAUCCGCACGGGCGGCCGCGAGGAGAAGUGCCGGGGCACCUACGUGUACAGCACCCAGGACGGCCAGGGUGACCUGCCCGACCCCGGCCUGGUCAUGACCGGCACCAAGUGUGGGGAGGGCAAGGUGUGCAGGGACCGCAGAUGCCAGAACGCUUCGUUUAGCGAGCUGGAGACGUGCAUCGCACGCUGUCACGACCACGGGGUGUGCAACAGCAAUGGGAACUGCCACUGUAACCGUGGCUGGGCUCCGCCCUUCUGUGACAAGUCAGGACUGGGGGGCAGCGUGGACAGUGGGCCCGUGCAGUACGACAGUGAGGUGGGGCUGGUGGCCGGCCUGCUGUUUGCCUUCCUGGUGCUGCUGCCUGGGGUGCUCACCGCCUUCUACUGCCUCCGGAUCAAGAGCUCCUACUACCACAAGUGGCUUACCCAGCGGGAGAAGAACCACAAGUAGGUCUGGUGUUAGACACAAGGCCUCGGCCAGGCAAACGUCCCCUGGGUACAAGGUUGUAGACGUUUUGACAGGAGUUUGGAUUAUUGGUCCAAUAUAUUCAAUAAGAUGAGGCGGGACGCUGGAUCGAUCAUGGCAUUUCAUAAAUUGUGUUUAAUAUAUUUUAAAACAGGAACCUCUUCAAAUGAAUGUUCACUGGUUUACUAGUGCUGCUGUAACCAAUGUAACUCCCCCCCCCCUCCCCCCCCCCACACACACACACACACACACACCUAGCCUCACUUCAAGGCACGCCAGGGUGCCCUGGCAUCGCUGCCCUCCAGGCCUGCCUUGGUGGAGGGGUUAUGGUUAUGGGAGGAGGGGGGGGGCACAUACAAUAUUUAAAAUUGUAUGUUUUGUGCCUUUCCCUUCAAAACAGUUCUGACUGUUAAACAAAAAGUGCAUGAAUGUAAUCCUUGGCAUACAGAAAGGGUUCAACAACAACAAAAACAAAAACUAGAAGAUGUUCAUAUCCAUCCACAUCUAUACAGGCAUACGUGUGUGUGCAUAAAUGAAGUGCACACCGUGCGAAAGGAAGUCUGGAGACAAUAGAGGGUAUAAAUACACCUCAAAAAUAAGGUCGUUUAAAUACGCUCUCGAAUUAGUCCACGCAUGAACGCCCCUACCUUUUGUGAUCCCGCCUCCCUAUCGUGUUUUGUGUGUGUGUGUGUCUGUGUGUGUGUGUGUGUGUGUGUGUGUGUGUGUGUGUGUGUGUGUGUGUGUGUGUGUGUGUGUGUGUGUGUGUGUGUGUGUGUUUUUGUGUGUGUGUGUGUCUGUGUGUGGGUGUGUGUGUGUGUGUGUGUGUGUGUGUGUGUGUGUGUGUGUGUGUGUGUGUGUGAAUGUGCGUGUGUUUGUUG